UGGCUCCAAAACACAAAAUAAAAAUUAUAAAAAUCUCUAGAAAUAUUUAUAUUUAUAUACUAAUCAAGGAAUGUGCGACUUUAUUUAUCUCCACAUUACUAUAUGAAGGACACGUACGAUGAGGUCAAGAUCGAAUUCAUGACCUAACUCAUCGUUAUCGCUAUUAAUCAUCAGUGGACUAUUUCGCUAAUUUCGUUUCGCGACACUUUCUUCUUCAUCGUCUGUUCGCGGUUGGCUGGCUUCAAUCCAGAACUGCGCGCGCAAACGCUAGAAAAUAAUUCACGAUCGCUGCUAAGGUCAGCGGGCUUCUAAUUAAGUCAGUCGGUCAGUCAGUCAGUCAGACAGACAGUUGGGCCUUGUAGUUGAUCAUCGAUCGUGAAUAUUACUUGGAUAGCGAGACUGUUCCAAAAAAGAGAGUAAAAAACAUGCCGGACGCGAAGAAAAGGGUGUGCAUCGUCGGCAGUGGCAAUUGGGGUUCAGCAAUCGCGAAAAUCGUCGGGGCGAAUGUCACGAAAUUCAAUAAUAUAUUCGAGACACGAGUGACGAUGUAUGUGUACGAGGAGAUCAUUAACAACGAAAAAUUGACCGACAUAAUCAACACUCUUCAUGAGAACGUUAAAUAUUUGCCUGGGCACAAACUUCCGGAAAAUGUGGUUGCCGUACCCGAUGUUGUUGAGGCCGCGAAGGAUGCCGAUAUCCUCAUUUUUGUCUUACCGCAUCAGUUUAUUCGCACUUUGUGCUCGACUUUGCUGGAUAACAUAAAACCAACUGCGGUCGGUCUUUCUCUCAUUAAGGGUUUUGGACGAGGCGAAGGAAACAGUAUUGAGUUGAUCUCCAAGAUCAUCGAGAAAAAUCUGAGAAUACAGUGUAACGUGUUGAUGGGCGCCAAUCUCGCCAAUGAGGUCGCCGAGGAAAAUUUUUGCGAAACUACAAUUGGAUGUAAGGAUAAACGAUUGGCACCGAUACUAAGAGACCUCAUUCAAACUUCAAAUUUCCGAGUGGUUGUUGUGGAAGAUUGUGAAACCGUGGAAGUUUGUGGAGCCCUGAAGAACGUAGUAGCAUGCGCUGCUGGUUUUGUGGAUGGUCUCGGAUUGGGGGACAACACAAAAGCCGCGGUGAUCCGAUUAGGACUGAUGGAAAUGGUUAAAUUUAUCGAUACCUUCUAUAGUGGUUCUAAACUUUCCACGUUCUUUGAAAGCUGCGGUGUGGCAGAUCUGAUUACAACCUGUUACGGAGGAAGGAAUCGCAGAGUCUGCGAGCAAUUUGUCAAGACUGGCAAGACUAUCAAAGUAUUGGAGGACGAACUAUUGUCCGGGCAGAAACUGCAGGGACCAGCAACGGCAGAUGAAAUCCACGAUAUGCUGAAGUCGCGUAGUCUGGAGGACAAAUUUCCACUGUUCACAGCAGUGCAUCGUAUCUGCACUGACCAGUUGCGACCAGCAGAUCUCAUUGAUCAGAUUCGUAGUCAUCCCGAACACGUAAUGAGAUUAGAAGAGAGAAGUGCAUAGUUCAUAUAGAAUACACUCAGUUGGACUCUUGUAGAAAUAGUUUAAAUCAUCAAAAGAGAAAUUAUUUGAACAGCAAAGACAUCAUGUACAUACUCUGAGCAUCUAUUGUAAUUAAUUAUUGCUGUAAAUAAAGAUAUACUUAUUUAAUGAUAUA